AUGUCUCUUCCGAUUCCUCCCAGUUCAGCGGCUUCGGGGCCACCCCGGCAGCUUUCCGCCGCCGAGGCACUUACUCCUCUUAUCGAAUCAACAUACACGUCCCCGGACAUCACAUGCUAUGUCAAUGGGAAGAGGACAAUCAUCAGUAAUCCGAAUCCACACUGGACCUUGCUGGACUACAUUCGUGCACAGCCAAAUCUGAAAGGCACAAAAUUAGGAUGCGGAGAGGGCGGUUGCGGUGCUUGCACGGUUGUACUCCAAGUGCCAGAUCUCGAGACCGAGAAGAGACGGAUCAAGCAUUUGUCAGUGAAUGCAUGCUUGUUCCCACUGGUUGGAGUCGAUGGAAAGCAUGUAAUAACCACAGAGGGUUUGGGUAAUGUGGCUCGACCGCAUCCACUGCAAGAGAGGAUAGCGAAACUGCAUGGAAGUCAAUGUGGCUUCUGCACACCAGGAAUAGUCAUGUCACUGUACGCAACGAUACGGAAUGCGUACGAUCCAGAUACCAGGAAGUUCCACUUGAGUGCUCGGGAUAUCGAAAUGGAAGGCCAUCUUGAUGGAAACUUAUGUCGUUGCACAGGUUAUAAAUCCAUCCUCCAAGCUGCAAAGACAUUUGUAACGGAAGACCUCAAAGGGCAGCUUGAUGAGAAGGAUGAGCCGACAACCAUAGGCAAUCAGCAGAUUGAAAAAGAAAUUAUAGAAUUCAUUCAAGAAGGCUGUGCAGGCCCCUCCAAAGACUCUUGUGGACGGCCAGGGGGGUGCUGUCGUAAUACGCCAUCCGAUAGUAGCUCGAGUGAGAGUCGAUCGGACGCAUCCUCACCACCAACAGAGCCAUCGGCGGCGUUCGAGAAUGAACACAUUCCCACAAUCAUCGAUGCGAAAAAGGAAAGUUACCCAGAUUCGGAGUUCAGUGGGGCAGAAUAUUCUAAGCCACUGAAGAGUAAAGAGCAUGAUGCGGCGGCCGAAGUCAAGACUUCGACGUCCAACUCACAAGCACCAGCUGCAUCAUCAGUCAAGGGCGUACCAAAAGUCGAGUUUCAGGAGUACAUUCCGGAGACAGAGUUGAUUUUUCCUCCUGCGCUAUGGAAAUACGAGCCACAAGCAUUAUGCUAUGGGGAUGAGAAGAAAAUUUGGUUCCGACCUACAAAGGUUGAGCAUUUGGUAGAGCUGAAAGAUGCUUAUCCUUCCGCAAAACUCGUUAGCGGCGCUUCAGAAGUUCAAGUGGAAGUCCGUUUCAAAGAUUCUAAUUUUGCUGUCUGCGUCUAUAUUUCGGAUAUUGCAGAACUCAAGCAGACGAAGGUGCCUUCGGAGGCGGCCUUGGAAAGUGCAAAAGAAUUGGUCAUCGCAGCAAACACUCCCCUUACCGAGCUGGAACAGAUUUGCAAGCAGGUCUAUACAAAACUCGGUAAGCGAGCUAUGGUUCUGGAGGCUCUCCGCAAACAGCUACGAUACUUCGCCGGUCGACAAAUUCGUAAUGUGGCUUCUCUGGCUGGCAAUAUCGCAACAGCUUCACCAAUAUCAGAUGCUAACCCCGUAUUACUUGCGGCGGGGGCAAUUCUGGAAGCGAUAAGUAAGAAAGACGGGAUCUUUCAUAUACCAAUGUCGAAGUUCUUCGUCGCGUAUCGGACAACUUCUUUACCGGUCGAUGCUUCGCUAUAUCGUAUUCGAAUACCCCUCGCGCCAUUUGGUUGUCGAGAGGUACUGAAAGCGUACAAACAAGCGAAACGAAAAGAUGAUGACAUAGCUAUCGUUACAGCUGCCUUCCGUGUGCGACUCACUACAGAAAAUACGGCCGAAGAGGUGUCAAUCGUGUUUGGAGGAAUGGCGCCCAUGACAAAAGAGUCUCCAAAGACCCAAAGUGCUCUGAUAGGGAAGCCGUGGUUUCACUCAGAGACAUUGGAGGCUGCAAUCACAGCUCUCCUUGAAGACUAUGACCUUUCUUAUGGAGUACCUGGUGGUAUGGCAGAUUACCGCAAGACGCUCACACUUUCACUAUUCUUCCGCUUCUGGCAUGAGUCGGCCGCAGAGCUCGGUCUCGGUAAUGUCGACAGACAGAUAAUUGAUGAGAUCCACCGAGAAAUCUCUAAUGGCGUCAGAGACGACUAUAAUCCUUACGAGCAGCGAGUGGUCGGAAAGCAAGUGGCGCACCUUUCAGCAUUGAAGCAAUGUACAGGUGAAGCGGAAUAUAUCGACGAUAUGCCAAAGUUGGAUCGGGAGUUAUUUGGAAGGUUGGUAAUGUCCAAAAAGGCACACGCGAAGAUAUUGAACGUCGAUUGGAAGCCCGCACUUCAAAUGCCUGGAGUCGUCGGCUACAUUGACAAAAACAGUAUACCUGCGACCGUAAAUAUUUGGGGCUCUAUUAAAAAAGACGAACCGUUCUUUGCCGAAGACAAGGUACUUUCGCAUGGCCAAGUCAUUGGCAUGGUAUAUGCGGAGACCGCUUUGCAGGCGCAAGCAGCAGCAAGAGUAGUGAAGGUCGAAUAUGAAGAGCUCACUCCUAUUCUCACCAUCGACGAGGCCAUCGCUGCCAAUAGCUUCUACGCGCAUGGAAAAUUUCUUCGCAAAGGUCUCGCGAUCGAUGACAAAAUGUCAGAUGCUUUUGCCCAAUGUGACAGAAUUUUCGAGGGCGUGAGUAGGUUAGGUGGUCAAGAGCAUUUUUACCUUGAGACAAAUGCCGCGCUCUCGAUACCCUCAGGCGAAGACGGCGCGAUGGAGGUCUGGUCCUCAACGCAGAAUACCAUGGAAACACAAGAAUUUGUCAGUGCAGUGCUCGGAGUACCCAGCAAUCGCGUGAAUGCUCGAGUCAAACGAAUGGGUGGUGGCUUUGGCGGGAAAGAGUCUCGCAGUAUACCCUUCGCAGUCUACACCGCAAUCGCUGCGCGGAAGGAGAGACGACCAGUGCGGAUCAUGCUCAAUCGCGAUGAAGAUAUGAUACUAAGUGGCCAGAGACAUCCAUUUCAAGCAAGAUGGAAAGUCGGAGUAUCAAAAGAAGGCAAGCUUAUUGCUCUUGAGGCUGAUGUGUAUAACAAUGCCGGCUUCUCUCAAGAUAUGAGUGGCGCGGUUAUGGAUCGUUGUCUUACCCACUUUGACAACUCCUACGAAUGCCCGAAUGUCUUCCUGCGUGGCCACGUCUGUCGAGCAAAUAUUCACAGUAAUACUGCGUAUCGAGGCUUUGGUGCACCACAGGGCAUGUACUUCUCAGAAACAAUCAUGUACAACAUCGCUGAAGGUCUGGGUAUGGACGUCGACGAGCUACGAUGGAAGAACCUCUAUCAACCCGGAGAGCGCACACCCUUCUUCCAGCAGAUUGAUGAUGAUUGGCAUAUUCCCAUGCUACUCCAGCAAUUAAAAAAGUCUGCCGAUUACGGUACGCGGAAAGCAGCGGUCGCGGAAUUCAACUCACAGAACCGAUGGCGUAAGCGUGGCAUCUGUAUCGUCCCAUCGAAAUUUGGACUGAGCUUCGCCACUGCAUUGCAUCUCAAUCAAGCGGGGGCUUACAUCAAGAUUUAUCACGAUGGCAGUGUCUUAUUACACCACGGAGGUACAGAAAUGGGCCAAGGGCUCUACACCAAGAUGUGUCAAAUUGCUGCACAAGAACUAGGUACAUCACUAGACGCUAUAUACACUCAGGACAGCCAGACGUACCAAGUCGCAAACGCAUCACCAACAGCCGCAUCCUCCGGCUCUGAUCUCAACGGUAUGGCGGUGAAGAACGCUUGCGAUCAGAUAAAUGAACGGCUGAAGCCGUAUCGUGAGAAGCUUGGACAAGAUGCACCGCUCAAGGAUCUCGCCCAUGCAGCAUACAUCGAUCGCGUUAAUCUCGCUGCGAACGGGUUUUGGAAGAUGCCCAGAAUUGGGUACGUUUGGGGUAAUACGAAUCUGGAGACGGUAAAACCCAUGUAUUACUACUGGACACAAGGCGCAUGCUGUUCUGAGGUAGAACUCGAUCUCCUCACAGGCGACCACACUGUGUUACGCACAGACAUCAUGAUGGACGUGGGUAACUCGAUCAAUCCCGCUAUAGACUACGGCCAAAUCGAAGGCGCCUUCAUCCAAGGCCAAGGCAUGUUCACAACCGAAGAAUCCCUCUGGACACGCUCAGGCCAACUCUAUACACGCGGCCCGGGAACCUACAAGAUCCCCGGCUUCAGCGACAUUCCGCAGGUCUUCAACGCCAGUCUUCUUCGCCACGACAAUGAGGGUAAUCCGCUGUCUUGGAACCACCUAAGAAGUGUACAGAGUAGCAAGGGUAUUGGCGAGCCGCCGCUGUUCAUGGGUAGUACGGUGUUCUUUGCGCUGAGGGAGGCAGUCAAAGCGGCAAGACUGAUGAAUGGGAAGAGUGUUACUGAUGGGUGGGCAUUGCAUAGUCCGGCGACAAGCGAGAGGUUGAGAUUGGCGGUUGGGGAUGAGCUUGUGGAGCGCGCGAGAACGGUCAGGGAGGAGGGGGAGAUGGGCUUCUUGAUUGCUGUUGCAUAA